AUGUCAUUUUUUGAUGAUUCGGUAUCAGUUGAAUCCAGGGUGGAUAAAUUUGAUGAAGAGAUCGAAGAAAAGGAAUUUGAAAUUUUUGAUAAAGAAAAAAAUAAUAAUGAAAAAAAAAUAUCGCAAAAAUAUAUCAUUAUAAAUGAUGAAGAAGAAUCAACUACUAUAAUAAAUAGAAAUUUCAAUACAAACAAAAAAACAAUAAAUAUAAAAGGUGAGUACCAUUCUUUUAAACUUCCGAAAUUUUUAGAGGUAUACCCUGAUAUUGAAAAGAAAAAAAAAAUAGAUAUACAAAACAAUGAACAAAAUGGAUUAUCAAUUGAAAAGGAAACAUAUGAUAUAUCCCAAGUAGGUCCAAAUAAAAGUGCUGUUAUAUCAUGGACCUUUGAUGAAAAUUUAUAUACACAAAUAAAAGAGAAAGAAAAUAUUAAUAAAAGUGAAAACAAUAAUCAAGAAUGCUUAACAGAUGAUAGUGAAUUAAAUAUAUCCGAUUUAGACGAAUUUUAUGAAAAAUAUAAUGUAGAUAAUAGUGAAAUUAUAAGUGUUUCAAGUAAUGAUGAAAAUGACAAAGAAAAUAUUUUAUUAAAUAAUCUAGAAUUUUUAGAAACUAACUCAUUUAUUGUAGAAUAUAAAGAUGGAAAGAAAAUUCUUUUUGUUGAUAAUAAUCCGUAUAUUUUAGAAGAAGAUAAUGAUUUAAAUUAUUUAAUUGAGUGUACAGAUGAAAAUGUUUUAUUGAUACAUGGAAAAAUUGGAAAAAAAUUAUUUAUUAAAACAAUUUCAAAGGAAGAACAAAUUCCCCCACAAAAAUUUAAUACCCCUGAAGAAAAUAUAUAUUAUUCACUUAACGAAAAUACAUAA